AUGGAUCUGAUGUGCGAUCAAAAUCCAUCUCCACCUCUGCUGUCUUCUUCUCUUCCACUUAGUAUCCAUACACAUAACUCAGUUCAUGACCUCGAUGCCAUCUCCACACCGGCGGGACUAUGUUCGUCCGGCCUCUUAUGGAACCCUCCUGAGCACGACACAGUUCUCCCGGAGCCGUGCCCUCUCCAGUCCUCCUCCGGGCUUUUCCACCCACCCCAUGCAGAUCCUGAUGCCACUAUCCUCUUUCCGUGCAAUCUAAGAAAUACACAGGCUCUUGAUGUAUUCUCCCAAUCUACAAGCUUUAGGACAACCGGAGAAGGUGCUCUGACCAUAGCAGGCGGGCGUUAUCUAGACCCCAUCGCUAAAAAUCAUAUGUUGCUGGAGCAGCAUCUACACUCGAUCAAAGACGAAUGGGUAGAGACAGCUCUGAAGGUACUGGUGGGUAUAACGCAGGAAAACGUAGAGACUUCUGCUGCUGUGGAAAGUGUCCUGAUCGAACGCCUGGGGAAGGAAAGGUACGACGGGCUCCGCACAGCACCGUUGUUUCUAUUCCUGAACGUGGUUGCUGCUGGCUUUUGGAUGGAUGACGUCAUGCCUUCCUUUCCAAAGGUGCUGUCGCAGGAGGAUCGAACUAAGAGGUUUGCGAAUUCUAUUGAGGCGAUGUACGAGGCUGUGUUAAGGACUUUGGAGAUACCGGCAACACGAGAACAGCUUGCUGAAAAGACUGGUUUUCAACGCCGUCGACUGAGUAGUGUCAUGAUGCCUCUUCGGGCUAUCGGGCUCAUUGCAGAACCGGAAAACCUCAAGAAAGACCAUCCCAACAGUGACAAGGCUGUUUGUGAACAUGACGGAGGGCCGAACUUGAUUCUCUGCAGGAAUGCCCGACAGGAGGCAGCAUCCUUCAUGAUCUCCGGCUUCUGUCGCUAUUAUCGGCAACUCCGCCUCAUCCGGCAGCAUCUCGAACGGACCAUUGGGCUCGUGCGCUAUGACAACAGCUUCAUUGACGAGCGCCUGACAUAUCUGACAAGGCCCCGCCCAGACAUGAAAUGA